ACUUCGGUUUCUGUGCGGGUUCCUGCAGUCGGCCCCCUCCAGCACUCUCCUUUCUUGAGGUAAUUGGCCGUAAAAGUCUGGAAUUUGAUUCCUUGACAGGGGGGAGAGGAUUCGGGUGGGAAAGGCUUGAGGAGGAGGAAAGCUGGCAACGGCGCGCAGUGGGAUCAGAGCGGAUGCUCGGGGCCGGUCGCGGUGCCACCCUCGCUGGCGGUGUGCAGCGGGGCGAGCGGCCCCCACUCCGUCCUCAGUUUCCUGGUCUGUAAAAUGGGGGCGCCAGCAAUGCCAGCUGGCGCUGCGGGACUGACGACGUAGGCAGGGGGCUCGGAGUCGCUGCCGCUGCUGGAGUCCUGUUCUCUGGACUCUGAGCCAGCGAGAGCUGGGGCCUGGACCAGCAUGGCCCAGCCCUUCUCUCUGGUUCUCUGGACUCCUGGGUCCUGUCUUCCGUCUCUGAGGGCACACGGGGUCAUUGUCGGGUGGUGUAAGGAUUUCGGAGCUGCUGACUCUCAGGGCUGGAAAGCAGAAGGGGCUUCCUCCUGGCUCCCCUUUUCUUCUCGCAGAUCUGCCUUCUGGAGACUGCACCCAUCCUCGGGGGAGGAGCCCAGAGGAGGACAUGGCUGCGGAGCAAAGGGAAGCAGGGUCUCAGGUGUCACUGAUGUUCGAGGAUGUGGCUGUGCUCUUCAGUCGGGAUGAGUGGAGAAAGCUGGAUCCUUCUCAGAGAAACUUGUACCGAGAGGUGAUGCUGGAGAACUAUAGUCACCUGGUCUCUCUGGGACUCCCAUUUACCAAACCAAAAGUGAUCUCCCUGUUGCAGCAAGGAGAAGAUCCGUGGAAGGUAGAGAGAGAGAGUCCUGGCAGACCCUCUCUAGGAUGGAAUACAAAGUCAACUCAAACACAAGACUCUUUAUUUCAGGGCCUGAUAAUGAAAAGAUCCAAAAAUGGGCCCUGGGACUUGAAAUCAGAAAAGCCUUGUACACAUGAAGGCAGAUUAGAGAAAAAGCAAGAUAAAAAGGAAAGUUUUCAUAUGGUUUCAGUUACCCACAAAAAAAUCCCGACUGUAGAAAGAAGCCAUAAAAAUAUUGAUUUUAUUCAAAACAUCAGCCCCAGAUCAAUUCUUGUGAUGCAACAGACAGUUCCCAGAGAAAAAACACCAAAAUGUGACCUACAAGGAAACAGCUACAAACAGAAUUCAAAUUUAUUUAAUCAACCAAAAAUCACAGCAGAGAAACGCUAUAAAUGUAGUAUGUGUGAAAAAACCUUCAUUAACACUUCAUCCCUUCGUAAACAUGAGAAAAACCACAGUGGAGAAAAAUUAUUUAAAUGUAAAGAAUGUUCGAAAGCCUUUAGCCAAAGUUCAGCUCUUAUUCAACAUCAAAUAACUCAUACUGGAGAGAAACCAUACAUAUGUAAAGAAUGUGGGAAAGCCUUCACUCUCAGUACAUCCCUUUAUAAACAUCUAAGAACCCAUACUGUAGAGAAAUCCUAUAGGUGUAAAGAAUGUGGUAAAUCCUUCAGCCGAAGGUCAGGCCUUUUUAUACAUCAAAAAAUUCAUGCUGAACAAAACCCUUGUAAAUAUAAUCCAGGUAGGAAGCCAUCUAGUUGUAGCACAUCCCUUCCUGGAUGUCAAAGAAUUCAUUCCAGAAAGAAGUCCUACUUAUGUAACGAAUGUGGCAACACCUUUAAGUCUAGCUCAUCCCUUCGUUAUCAUCAGCGAAUUCACACUGGAGAGAAACCUUUUAAAUGUAGUGAAUGUGGGAGAGCCUUCAGUCAGAGUGCAUCUCUUAUUCAACAUGAAAGAAUUCACACUGGAGAAAAGCCCUACAGAUGUAACGAAUGUGGAAAAGGCUUCACCUCUAUUUCACGACUUAAUAGACACCGAAUAAUUCAUACUGGUGAGAAGUUUUAUAAUUGUAAUGAAUGUGGCAAAGCCUUAAGUUCCCACUCAACACUUAUUAUACAUGAGAGAAUUCACACUGGAGAGAAACCAUGUAAAUGCAAAGUGUGUGGGAAAGCCUUCAGACAGAGUUCAGCUCUCAUUCAACAUCAGAGAAUGCAUACUGGAGAAAGACCCUAUAAAUGUAGUGAGUGUGGGAAGACAUUCAGGUGUAAUUCAUCCCUUAGUAAUCAUCAGAGAAUUCAUACUGGAGAGAAACCAUAUCGAUGUGAGGAAUGUGGGAUAUCUUUUGGCCAAAGUUCGGCUCUUAUUCAACAUCGAAGGAUUCAUACUGGAGAGAAACCCUUUAAGUGUAACACAUGUGGGAAAACUUUCAGACAAAGCUCAUCACGUAUUGCACAUCAGAGAAUUCAUACUGGAGAGAAACCCUAUGAAUGUAAUACAUGUGGGAAACUUUUCAACCACAGGUCAUCCCUUACUAAUCAUUAUAAAAUUCAUAUUGAAGAGGACUCCUAGAAAGUAGAUUUGCAUGUGUGAAAGCCUUAAACCAAAGUUCAUCAGAAAAUAUAUACUUCAGAGUUAUGUAUAAAUGUAAUGGAUAUGAAAAACUCUUAUGUUUACUUACUCAUUAGAUAUUAAAUUCUGUGGAUAAACCUUGACUAU